AGGUGGCUGUGAUAGGGGCACCCCGGGGCAGGACCCAUGAAGAGUCAUAGAAAAUGCUCCCAACCUGGGCGCCUCUGCUCUUCUUAGCCAUGUGGGGGAGAAGCGCCUUUGGUGGCCCGCUCUCCUUCAGAAUAGCCGCCAUCCUCGAUGACCCAAUGGAGUGCAGCAGAGGUGAGCGUCUGGCCAUCACGCUGGCCAAAGACAGCAUCAACCGCAACAGCAACCGCUCCACCACCGGGAAGCUGGAGGUGGAUAUCUUCGAACUGCUCCGGGACAGCGAAUAUGAGAUGGGGGAGACAAUGUGUCAGAUCAUGUUUAAAGGGGUGGUGGCAGUCCUCGGCCCCUCCGCUAGUCCUGCCUCCAACUCCAUCAUCAGCAACAUCUGUGGCGAGAAAGAGGUGCCGUACGUGAAGGUGGCUCCCGAGGACAUUCUGAAGGUGCAGUUCCCCCGGUUCACCACCCUGGACCUGAGGCCCACCAACACCGACAUCAGCCUGGCGGUGGCGGGCCUGCUCACCUUCUUCAACAGUACCACCGCAUGCCUGAUCUGUGCUCAGUCCGACUGCUUAUUGAACCUGGAGCGGCUCCUCCGCCAGUUCCUGAUCUCCAAGGAGACUCUGUCGGUGCGCAUGCUGGACGACAGCCAGGAUCCCACCCCUCUGCUGAAGGAGAUCCGCGACGACAAGACUGCCACCAUCAUCGUGGACGCCAACGCCACCAUGUCACACAUCAUCCUCGAAAGGGCCUCGGAGCUGGGUAUGAUGUCGGUCUACUACACCUACAUCUUCACGUCUCUGGAGUUCCCUCUGCUGCGAUUGGAUGACGUGGCGGACCAGAGGGUCAACAUAGUUGGAUUUUCGGUCUUUAACAGAACCCACCCCUUCUUCCAGGACUUCCUGCUCAGUCUCAACAGAUCUUGGCAAGAGAACUGUGACCACGCUCCAUUCGCUGGCACACCGCUCUCCUCUGCGUUGCUGUUUGACGCGGUGCAUGUGGUGGUGGCUGCGGUACAGGAGCUGAACCGCAGCCAGAACGUGGGCGCCACAAUGCUGUCCUGCAAGACCUCCAAGAUCUGGGAGCACGGCACCAGCCUGAUGAACUACCUGCGGAUGGUAGAGUUGGAAGGACUGACGGGGCACAUUGAGUUCAACAGCAAAGGCCAGCGGUCCAACUACGCUCUGAGGAUCAUGCAGAACGGCAAGGACGGCCUCAGGCAGAUUGGCCAGUGGCACUCUGAAGAUGGUCUCUCCAUGGAGAGAAAGCUUCCCUCCAUCAACGUAACAGAGACCCUCUUCAACACCACCCUCACCAUAACCACCAUAUUGGAGAACCCGUACGUGAUGCUGCGGCCAAACCACCAGGCGCUGGAGGGCAACGAGCGCUACCAGGGCUUCUGCGUGGACAUGCUGAAGGAGCUGGGCGACAUCCUCAAGUUCAAGUACCUCAUCCGGCUGGUGGGGGACGGCCACUACGGGGUCCCCGGGGCUAACGGCACCUGGACUGGCAUGGUGGGGGAGCUCAUCUCCAGAAAAGCCGACCUGGCCGUGGCCGGUCUGACCAUCACAGCGGAGCGGGAAAAGGUCAUCGACUUCUCCAAGCCCUUCAUGACCCUGGGCAUCAGCAUCAUGUACCGUGUCCACCUGGGUCGCAGGCCCGGCUACUUCUCCUUCCUGGACCCCUUCUCCCCGGGGGUGUGGCUCUUCAUGCUGCUGGCCUACCUCGCCGUCAGCUGCAUCCUCUUCCUGGUUGCCAGGCUGACGCCGUAUGAGUGGUACAACCCCCACCCAUGUCUGAAGGGCCGCUGUAAUCUGCUGAUCAACCAGUACUCCCUGGGGAACAGCUUCUGGUUCCCCGUGGGCGGCUUCAUGCAGCAAGGCUCCACCAUCGCACCGCGGGCUUUGUCCACGCGCUGCGUCAGCGGAGUGUGGUGGGCCUUCACCCUGAUCAUCAUCUCCUCGUACACCGCCAACCUGGCGGCCUUCCUGACGGUGCAGAGGAUGGAAGUGCCCAUCGAGUCAGUGGACGACCUGGCCGACCAGACGGCCAUUGAGUACGGCACCAUGCACGGCGGCUCCACCAUGACCUUUUUCCAGAACUCCCGCUACCAGACGUACCAGCGCAUGUGGAACUUCAUGCACUCCAAGCAGCCCAGCGUGUUCGUCAAGAGCACCGAGGAGGGCAUCGCCCGCGUGCUCAACUCCAACUACGCCUUCCUUCUGGAGAGCACCAUGAACGAGUACUACCGCCAGAGGAACUGCAACCUGACGCAGAUAGGAGGCCUGCUGGACACCAAGGGCUACGGCAUCGGGAUGCCCCCAGGCUCAGUGUACCGGGACGAGUUUGACCUGGCCAUUCUGAAGAUGCAGGAAGACAAUCGUCUCGAAAUUCUCAAGAGGAAGUGGUGGGAAGGCGGCAAGUGCCCAAAGGAGGGGGACCAUCGUGCCAAAGGAUUGGGCAUGGAGAACAUUGGUGGCAUCUUCGUGGUGCUGGUCUGCGGCCUGCUGGUGGCCAUCUUCAUGGCGGUGCUGGAGUUUAUGUGGAUGAUGAGGCAGACGCCCGUGACGGAGCAGUCCAUGUGUGAGGAGAUGCUGCGGGAGCUGCAGGGCAUCGUCCUGUGUCGUGACAGCCUGCAGGUGAGGCGCCGGCGGGGCGCGUCCAUCCUGCGGCCGCGGCCCCUCCCCCUGGAGGAGCGCCGGGCACGGACCGCCGCCGCCGCCGCCAGCCUCAGCAACGGCAAGCUGUGUGGGGGCACCGGGCUGGCAGAGCCCCCCCUCUCCCACAGACUGGCCCAAGAGGCGGCGCUGGUGGCCCGGGGCUGCAGCCACAUCCGCAUCUGUCCCGAGUGCCGACGCUUUCAGGGCCUCAGGAUGAGGCCUCCGGGGGCCACGGGCGCCCUGCCCUCCCCGACACACAGCGACGAAAGCAUAGAGUGGGACAAAACCACCAAUAGCAGUGAACCUGAAUGAGCCACACCAAACACUGUGUGCUGCUGGCGUAACCACACAACAACACAUGUCCUGGACUCUAGUUCACCCCCCACCCCCCCACCCCCCCACCCUUAAACACCGACCCCCACCCGUCCAGUUGUCAACUUUACAGGGAUUUAAACAUCACCUGGUACACAGCUGUCUCUGAGAUUGAUUUCACAGACAAGGACCUUCCUGCGGGGAUUUCUAGCUCAUGAAGGCAUCGUCCGGUAAUGAACCCUGGAAGAUUCUCGCCGUUUUCCUCCUCCUUUUGAUCGAGGAUUGAGGGUUCGGGGGGGGGGGGGGGGCGGACUUGGGGUAUUUAUACCUUCAACAAGAUGUAUCAGUCAUCCCUGUCCGAUAGAGAAAAGACUCAACUGAAGCGUGUGUAUCCAUGUGGACCGUCUGUUGGCCGUCUCUCUUACAUCGACUUGGCAGGAAACAGACUGUUGGGUAUUUGUACUACGCAGUAUUUUUCAGCCAUGUUUCAUUGUGCCGUUUUGUUUUCUUUUUGUAUUCUUGCCCCUCCUCUGUUGUUACCGUACUGAUGAUUGUUCUUCUAUUGCUCUUCGAUAGACUCUUCAAAAAAACUUUUUAAUCUAGAGACUUAGAAGGUGUACUGCCUCUGGGGAGCUGCAAAAGAACACGUUGAAUAAACAAAUGAUGAAAAAACCCAAGGUCCUUCUUUAGAUACUUUUACUUUGAAAGUGCCAAAAACCAUGUGGAUAUCAGGAGGGGGCCCCACAGCCUUGUUAGAACAGCAAAGAGAACGCUGAAGCGAAUAGACAUGGACUUGUUUUAUAGUAGGGACUAUUCCACGGACAAAAAAAUGUUUGAAUUGUAAUCAUCUCUGAAAGACAGCGAUGCAUGUCAGAGGCCUUGGCAGAAGCUCACAGAAUGAUUUCUAUUUUCGAGGGUGGUCAAAGUGUGAGUAUUAGCAUUCCUAACUGGUGGGAAGGUUUUCUUUGUUAUGCGCAUUCUUUGUGUACACACACUCACACAACCAUACACACACAUACUGUACAUACAUUCAUACUGCAUACAAUGUUGAAGGCAUUUAUGUUCCGUUGUUCUAUGGGUUAUUCUUGUUUGGUUUAUUUACUUUAUCACAAAAAUAUUUCUUCUUAAACAAGAUCACUCGAUCCCUGAUGUUGCUUUUUUAAUACUAUUCAUAUUUUUAAAAAGGAAACAUUAAACUUCUGGUCAAUUGUGGACAUAAGAAGCACUUUUCUUGAUUGUUUCGAAAUGUCAAGGCAGUUAAGCCUUUAUGGAAAGUCACGCUACAGUCCCUGUCACAGAUUAGUGGUGGGACGCCACUCUGCAAAUGCUUUACUGGUGCAAAGCUAAGAACCAAUUUUCACAGGAUUACAAUCUGAUCUUCUCCAGAGUGUCCACGUUAUUGCAUCAUUAUUUAGAAUUAAAGGAAUGAUUCAAGUAUUAACUUCUUGAGAGCUCUUGAAAUCAUAAUGCAGGAAAGUAAAAUGUUUUACAUUUGUUUUACUUGUAUACUUCUUCAGACUCUUUCCUGAGGUAUUGAGAACAAAGCACCGGUAGAAACCAUCUCCAAAUAUAUUUUUAUGGCGCCGGGUCAGAAAUUAACGAGGACCUUAAGGGUCCAGUAAAAUUCAAAAAAGAUGCCCAUCAUAUAAAUGAUAGCAUGGUCUGGUGACGCCACAUUUUGCCUGUGGUUAGAAUAACAAAGGUCAAAGGAUGCCUUAGGAAUUCAAAUCCAGUGACAAAAAGAUUAUAUUCAAAUCCAGUGCCACAGACAUACAGGACAUUUGGAAUUUCUGACAGGUCAGCGUGCAUGCUGCCUAUGGGGGGAGCCAGCAGCCAUCCGUUCAUCCAGACAUUGCCUGUGUGUGUUUGUGUGCAUGUGUGCGUGCAUGCAUGCGUGUGUGUGUAAAUGUGUGUGUGUGUGCGUGUGCGUGUGAGUGUGUGUGUGUGUGGGUGUAUGUGUGUGUGUGAGAGUUUAAUGUAGGUGCUGAUGGGCACUGAGGUUGGUGAGGAGGAUGGUAAACCUGCCAUGCGGUGCUGGUCUCUUAGCAUAGCUCCGGGUCAUACUUAAAUGGUAAUACUGUUUGCUGUGUAAUCGUUUUGCAUUAAAAUUAUGCAUUCAUCGGUUUUGUUUGGGAUUCUGAGUGGGCCGUCUCAUUCCAUAUUGAGUACACACCACUUCUAUGCUCUGGGAGGAAUUUCUAGCGAGGUUUGACCUGUGUCUCUAUUUUGGAUCUCAACCCAACACAUUUGUGAUUGGCACUUGAUAUGUUCAGCUUUCCAUAGGUGAUAGAUAUGCUGCAGGAGUGGAUGGUUGUAUAAGAAAGGUAACAAAAUUAAAUUGAUUCUACCGUCCAAAAUGUUGCAUAGUUAUACAUUACUUAUAACAGACAUAUAUUCAUGUCCUUACUAUGUGGAUUUAAAUCAACACAGAUGCACACAUUGUGUACGCAAUCGAUCAUUUAUACUUUCCAUUCAGAUUUUAAUGACUUAAUGGAUUGUUUCAGUGCAUUAUUUUAAGCAGAAAUCAGCAAUCUAUUCCCACAUAGUUAACAGCUGUACAAAAGACAUGCCAAGAAACUGCUGGGUGGCACUUUCGAAACUCCCAGGAGGAGAAUUUUCUCCAUCUAUUUUUUUUAAGCACGGAAAACAUUUACAGAGGUGUUAAGUCAAGCAUGGUUGGAAGGGGAUUGCCAAUUACCUUAAAGACAAGAGCAGGACAAGAAGCGGCCACGGGCAGACCUGUGGGCAGAUAGUGGGCUAUUCAUGUCCUUUAUUUAAUACUGUUGACUUUAUUGUCUCCUAAAAAAAAAGUAAAAUUUAGCUUGGAACGUAUUCUUUAUAUUCUUCUACUGGUUUCAUAGGUGAAGAGAAUCUCGUCAGCUCAUACCGCUCUUCUUCCCCUUUGUGAAAAAUCUUAAGUUAAUGGGAAUGUAAGAAGUCUCCCAGCCCAAGCUCUUACAGUAGCCACUUAAAACCCUUCUAACGGCUCUGGAACGUUCUCUCAUUAGAGCUGUCAAGAGAGCACUAUGCACACUAUAUCCUCAACGCACGAGGGUGAAAUCUUUCUUCUCUGAGCACCUGUUUCUGCAUCCUCAGCAUAAUGUGGCAUUAGACACGGCUGCCUGGUGGCACGUCACCACCUGUGUGUCCCGCUACAUCAUAUUCACGACACACACACACACACACACACACACACACAAACACACCUACACCCACACACACACACACACCUACGCCCAAACACACACACACUCACACACACACACACACACACACCAGCUGUAUGUCUGUGUUUUGCAAGUUUAUUUUCUCCUGCAUAAAUAUAGCACAUCCCUACCUGGCGUCAAGUACCAGCUGUUGGAUAUAUGGAGGCCAUGAUGUGAGCUGAUGGUCUGCCGAGGCAUGUGCAAGUUAAUGGUGCAGGCUCAUCCAAUUAUAUCGACACUGAUGUAUUGUAUUGAAGCUAUUGAAUUGAUAUUCAUUUCAUAUCCAAGGCAAAAAAGUGCCUCUCUCAGUCUGCAGUGAUUUGAUUUUCCAAGGUUGAAUGACUUUGAUUGUUUGCUUCCCAUAACAGUCUGUAAUGAGCUUCAAAUCUAUGACCGUCAGUUACAGUCUUACAGACCAUCAAUAGUUACCACCCUACACCUAAUUAGAUUGGAUAUAUUUUCCAAGAAUGCUUACUGAUAGAUUUAAUGGAAUCUGGUUGCCAGGGGACUAUUGUUGCGUGCUUAAGUUGACGACAAUCUUGGUGUUAGGAUUCUCCUCACGGUGAGAUGCUGUCAAGGCCUGUACACAGCCCUUUGUUCACAGACAGUUGUUGAACAUAUUGACCAAAACAUCUUGACAUUGCUUGUCUUUCAGAGAAAUAAAACAAGGCUUCAUUCA